CUCUCGGGCUACCGUGGCAGUCAGACGUUCCACGUGACCCACUAUCUACAUCUUUUCGUCUCUUUUGCUCCUGCGCGAUUAUUUCCUUGCUUCUCUUCUCUAACAUUGUCCAGAACUCCCCUCCUUACUCCCGUUCGCAUAAGACUUAAUACGCAUACGCGAUGCUCCGCGCGAGUCCGCCGCGCACCACCGCGUAAGCUCCGUCGCGCGGGCAAUCGCAAUACCGCGGAACGGGGUCGAUCGAAACCACCCACGACGAAGAAGCGGGAGGUCCGAAAGUCGCGAGUUGGUGCGAGAGGGAUCACUGCGAUUGCCGCCGUUGCUGGUGGAGCCACCACCUGGUCGAGAUUCGCGCGAGGGGGCCAAGGGAGUCAGCAGCACGGCAGGGAGGAAAGGGUAAUUGUAUGUCCGCGGGAGGGGUGACAGGGAAAUCGCGUAUUGACGCGUCUGCGUGGUCACGCCGGCGCGUUACCUCGCCGUACGAGACGGCGCAACGAGGGGUAAAGGGUGUAAGGUUGGUAGGGGAGAUGGUACGCUGAAAAGCUCUCGGGGGUCGGGCCAGCUUCAAUCGCUCAAUAUUCAACCCCUCGCCGUACGGGAGCGCCCGAGGAGAGCAGCGGCUCCUCCAGACGGGAGUACGAAUCGACCGUUCCUUCCUUUGCGCCCUCGCCCGCGGAGCUGUUCGAUCGCGGCCGACGUUCCGCCGUCGUCAGAGGAACCGUCGCCUCCGAGUGGGAAAAAGUCGCCGACGGCUGGCCAGCCUUCGAGAGGGAUCCCGCGGGUGGCAGCGCAUUUUUCUCACCACUUUCCGCCUGUCGUCCCCGGAUUCCGUUCGGCUCCGUUUCGUACCUCGCGCGUUGUCUUUCUCGCCGUCGUCGACAGCACAGCGGCAUGGAGGGUAAAAAGGUCGAGCAAUUUUACACCCCGCCGCCGAGACUCGGUAAAUGGGAGGGUUUCCGGGUCUUUCUCUGGAACUCCGAGACGGGACAAUUCCUGGGACGCACUGGCGCCAGUUGGGCUAAAAUCUUGCUGUUCUACGUGAUUUUCUAUGCCGUCCUGUCGGGCUUCUUCGGCGCGAUGCUCGCUGUGUUCUAUCAGACGUUGGACCCGAACGCGCCGAAAUGGCAGUUGGAUAACUCGCUGAUCGGCAGCAACCCCGGUCUCGGUUUCAGGCCUAUGCCACCCGAAAGCAACGUCGAGAGUACUUUGAUUUGGUAUAAAGCCAGCGAUGAAGGCAAUUAUCUUCACUGGACCAGGGAAUUGGACAAAUUCCUGGAAGAGUAUCAGAAACCGGCUAGCGGCAUGAACGGUUUCGAGCAGCGAAUAAACUGCGAUUAUAACAAGGCACCACCUCAGGGUAAGGUCUGCGAUGUAAAUAUGGCUGCUUGGGGAAAGUGCACGAAGGAGAACAAAUACGGUUUCAGCAAAUCUGCACCUUGCAUUUUCUUAAAACUCAACAAGAUCUUCGGGUGGAAGCCGCAAUUUUAUAACGAUACGAAAAAUCUGCCAUCUACAAUGCCGGCGGAUCUUCAGGAGCAUAUCAAGCAGGAGGAACCUGCCGGUAGAUUGGACACUGUCUGGGUAUCCUGCGCCGGUGAGAAUCCAGCCGACGUGGAAAAUAUGGGCGCGAUUCAGUACAUUCCGCGUCGCGGUUUUCCUGGCUACUACUUCCCGUUCACGAACACCCCGGGAUACCUGAGUCCUCUUGUCGCUGUGUUCUUCGAAAAACCAAAGUACGGCGUGCUCAUCAAUAUCGAGUGCAAGGCAUGGGCGCACAACAUCAUCCACGACAGAUUCGAAAGGCGCGGCUCGGUGCAUUUCGAACUGAUGGUGGACUAAGCCCGGCUGCUUCGGCCAAUCGUUAGACCACCACCGCUACCAACCGCGUCCACGUAGGAAGCCGCAACAAAAAAAAAAUAGUAGAGGACAGAGAGAAGACGUUUCUUUUUUAAUCUGCCUCGUUGGCCGACCGCGAUCACACCCUGUGCCAUCCGGUUUUCUCUCUGCCGACGAUACCGCCCCGGAUCAGCCUUACUUCUUCUCACCGUCGUCAUUUCAUCGUCAGUUCAUCAUCUUCGUCAUCGGGCACUUCACAACGAUCGCGACAUCGCAGUCCGUCUCUCCGCGUUGUUCGCCAAGUUAAGAAAGAAGACGGAAGAACGAAGGGAUAGGGGGAAACGCGAGGGGACUAGAAAGAGGAAAAGGUAGUGUGUUGGAAGAAGUGAACUCAACGUUAGCGAUCAACUAUUCAAUUCGACAUGCACAAAACGAAAUGAGAAAGGGAGGGUGGGAAGGGUCGAAAUAAAUAGUCCCGCACAAAAAGCCGGGCGGUAUCCUCCCUUAUUUCUGCCAGGGUCGUGUCACGGGGAGUGAUCUCGACCAUCGACGGCUACGUCGAUCGUUCGCAGUACUACUUCAUUCGCGCACGCGACAGAGAGAAAGAGAGAAAAAGAGAAAGAGGAAGAGAGAGAGAGAGAGAGAGAGAGAGAGAAAGAAAAAAGAGAGAAAAACAGAGAUUUUCCCUUAGUUUCAAAGCCCACCGCCCGUUCCAGUUAGUAUUCUUAUUAAGCUUUUCGUCACACACGUUCCUUUCCACGACGACGCGAGUUCGGCCGACGAGUCGCGUCGACGCGGCACCGCGGAUGAUCGAUGAUGAUCUUAGGUUUGGCCAUGUAGAUACUUUAGAUUAUAGCGUAUUUCUGCCCGUCGCUACGGUACAUCUCGGCAUGUGUUAUAUUGGAAUUCCUCAGCGAGAGAGAAUAAGGGAGAGAGGGCGCAAGAGGAAGGCAGACAGAGACAGAGUUCUCACAAAGUGAAACUCAGCGAAUUCUUAAGUGAAGAGAGCGCAGGCACAAAGGGGUACAAGUACGCGUUAGGUUCAGUUGGAGUGAUCACUGUCGAGGGGCAACGGUGAACGCGGCUUGUGACUUCAUCGAUAAUCUCGAGCGAUACUGAUCGAGUCUCUCGGGUACAUUAAUCAAAAGCGACACAAAGCUGCCAUCCGCCAGUAUCCGUCGAGACGCCGAACGAAGUCGCGAGUUCUAUACGUAGAAUCACUUCCUCCCCUUGCUCGUGAUCUCUCCGAACGUUAUCUGUAUUUGUAAGAUACAUAGUCGAUUAUUAUAUAGUUGAACAAACGCGUAGGGAGUCGUUGAAGAACUUUCGUUUAUCGAAGUACACACAAUCGAGCUUCAGAACAUACCGAAGUGUAGUGCACUCGUUGAUUUGGAGUUGAGACGAUUUAGUCAGGACGAUUAAUUCUUCUGUGGUUUAUCUGUUAUCAUUCAUAGCGACACCGAUCGGAAUUCUAUUUGCAUCACUUUGCCGUAAAAGCUAUCACGUAUGAUACUUGUGUCGCACGUAUGUUACUUGUAUUCCUUUGUUCCAGAUAUUUUCAAUUUGAGAGAAUUGAGAGAUUAUAAAACAGAUUACUAUUGAAGUCAGAGCUGUGGGGCGAAUAUCGCGAAAGAGUGUUACAAAGAAAUGGAAAUUAAGAGCUUGAUGAGGCGAUCGAUGGUUGUUGCCACUCGCAGUGGUGUACGUUGAACGCGACUGACGACCUAGGAUUCUCGAUGGAUCUGUAGGGCUUAUUUUAUGCGGAGGCACUCGGAUUCGCGAAUUGUUGAAUCUACUGAUUUUUGAGCUCAUAAAUACUUGGAUUUGCAUAUUCUUGGACUGGCAAGUUUUUUUAGGAUCGUAGAAUUAUUAAAGAUGUAUGUUUCAGUCUUCAAAUGUCACGAUAAAAAUCUUAACGGGAUUCAAGGUACAAUGUGGUCAGACGUGACACUGCCAUAUCAGUUGCGAGUUAAGACUUCUUAAACAAACUGAUGAAUGGUAAAAAAAAUCGUUUAAAGUCAUAUGCAGAGAAAGGGGACAUGUCCGUGUUGUAAGAUCGGACAGCUAAACUCUAGUUUGCAAAUUUGAACGCAAAGUUAGACGGUGACAGCGUAGAAAACUUUUCGGUAAUUCGAGCUACAGGAAAAGAAAAGAAAUAAUGUGUUCCACUUAUUAUUCCAAGAAUCUCUUAUCUGGGGAUGUAUGAGGGCAAGAAUCUGCACACUCAGGAAUCUAUAAAUUAACAACAAGAUCAACAGAUCCGAAGAUCUACGUGGACCUAAGAAUCUAAUAUUAAAAGAAAAAAACAAUUUACGGACACGAAGAUUCGCGAAUGCAACAGUCUGUAGGUCCAAGGAUCUAUUAAUUUUAUUGAUUGAUACUUUAAAGAUAUUUUUGUGAUUAAACAGAUAAAAAGAGAGCAUUGCAACGCUUCACCAGUCUCACAUUGACAAGAUAUGUUACGAUAGUAUAAAGAGGCUUUCACACGUUCAGUAUUUAAGGCUCUGAGAGAAAAGCUGCUUGUACAUAAUUUCUACAAAAGAGUUUAAAAGUGUCUAAAGGUCCGAAAGCAAUUUUGAGGAGCACUUGCGAUCAGUAAUUACCACAUCUUUAAUACGAACACGUCGAUUGUAUACUGAUAAUACCAAAAUGUUAUAGCAACGAUAUAUCGAUACUUACCGAGACAUUGGACCUGUUAAAUUAAUAGUAAAUACCGAUUGCGGUGACAAACUUUACAAGUACUUAAAAGGAGAUAUAAUUUAAACUAUUGAUUUUUGGAUGUACUUAAAUCAGAGAGGUUUCACCAAUCUCGAAAAAAGAACUGUCGAUAUAUCGCAUUAAUUAUAUCACAGACAAGCGUUCAGCCCCGACUAGCGGCAUAUGAGAAUUUAUAUCGGUUUCGUUACGACCAUACGACACGCCACAUAACACGGGGAAGAAUGCAUAUGAUAGUGCUUAGUGCUAAUUUACACCAAUCCUGCGAGUCGUUGAGUUAUUAAUUUCCGAGAGGAAAAUCGAAAAGCUGCUUUUUCCGCAUCGACAAAACGUCGAAGAACGAACGUUUUGCGUCAUCGAUACGGAUACCUUUUCAUGAAACUGGAGCUUGCAACUGAGAAAACGAUAUAUGUAAACUCUCGUGUACAAUUACUUUGUGUAGUUCCAUUACUAUUAAUUAUUGCGCGACGAUAUUACUAUGUAAUAUUAGUACUUACCUUUUUAGAACGUCUUGUCAAUGUUUAAGAGUCUUUAAAACGUCUUGAGAUCUUUAAGACGACGUGUUAGGUAAUAUAUAUAAAUGCGUUCACAGAGUGAUAAAGAUUCUUGAAACUUAGAAAUUUUCAAUAAAUAUAUCUUAUUAAGAUAAAUAUAUAGCAAAGCAUAUAUUGGUUGAAUAUAGAUUUAUAUCUGAACUUUACCAAUUCAACUCGUGAAACACAUCUUUUAUUUAUGACCAACCCUCUUUUGUGUCGACAUUUACUUUCACUCUAUUCAUGUGAGAAACUGUUAAUUUACACAACGCCUAAUAUAUUAAAAUUAGAUUUGCUUGAUUUUAAUUGAUUGACAGUCGCCCUGGACUAUAUCAAGUCGAAUUGUCGAAAAAUAUUCUUUUGUUUUUUUUCUUUUGAUUUAUAUGUGACUACAUUUGACAAUUCUGGAGGAUAAUAUGAUUUUUUAAAUCUAUUUUUAAUACAAAAAUACUAGAAUUGUAUAUUUUUAAGCAUACAUAUCUGAUUUAUAGCCCCCAAAUUCUUUUGGGAUUUUCGAAUUAUUGAAUUUUGUUAUAAAUUUUUACAUAUUCAUAGAUAUAUUUAAGUUUACACAAUUUCAUAUCAGAAAAUGCCUUACCGAUUUUCUGGCGCUACACAUUCUUAAUUCGAUGAAUACUUUUUUCUAAUUUACAAAUUCUGGGAUCUACAAAUCAUCCGAUCUAUAAAUCCUGCGAUUCAUAAAUUUAUAGAUCGAUAGAUUCUUAAAUCGACAGAUCCUUGCAUUGAAAGAUUCGUAGAUUCACAGAUUCUUGGAUAAUCGUCGAUGGCAUUGUUAAAUCCGAAAAAAAAAACGGUGAAAGAUAUACAGAGGGGAGAAAGAAAAAAUAGAAGAAAGAAAGGAGGGAGAGACGACAAAGACAAAAAGCGUGGACGGAGAGAAUAAUAUAUUAUUAAAAGAAAAAUAUUAUUAUACUUGCAACCUACACAUCAGGGCGGCUAUACAUAUUAUUCAUCAUUGUGAACGAUCUGUUUCUAAUAAUGAACAUCUAACUGUUGUUGAAGUAUGAAAAUUGUACUAAUCACACGCAUGAAAGAAAGAGAGAGAGAAAGAAAGAAAGAGCGAGCAAGUGAAUAAGAAAAAUUUGAUAUACAUGAUGAAAGAAGAAAAAGACGACGAAGAAGAAAAAAAGAAGCAGCCUCUAAUAACGCGUACACCGGGUUCAAAGCUGAUUAUGUUUAAACUUCGUCAACUACCCGAAUCGACGUCUGCUUUUCAAGGCCAUCGAAUUUUUAUCGAGCCAAGAGCCAAGAAUAUUUGCAUCGCGAUCUUGGUGGUCAGGAUAUCGUUUGUUUCGAAAUAACUUGCGUUCCCCGAGAUCAUCAUUCGGGACGUAUAUCGUGUAGCCGACAAGUCGGAUUUAAUUUAUCACUCGAAUUGCGAGAGUGUUAGAGAAAAGGUCCCAUAAACGAAAAAAUCAUAAAAGCGAAACGGAUUAAAAAGGAGAAAGAAAAAAAAAGAUCAAGCAGAAAUUUGUAGUACGGUCCAUUACGCAUACCAACACAUUAGGUGUAUAUAUAUAUCCGUACUUAUACGUAUACUUACGCGUACACAGACGUAUAUAUCCACGUUGUUAUUGAGGAUAAGUCAAAACUUUAAUGUCCGAACGGCAGUGCUUUAUAUAUAACGGGAGAUCAUAUUACUUAAUUAAUGAAAUAUUUGAUUAGAUAAGGUACCUUUAGCGAAUAUGUUUAAGAGACCGAUAUAUUAUAGUAUAUAUAUAUAUAUAUAUAUAUAUACAUAUAUAUAUAUAUGCAUGCAUAUUUGUUAAAUCCUGUUUGUCGUUGAAUUAUUGAUAAGCCAUGUGUAGUUUAAGAUGUCUAAGCAGUGUCUUAUGUUGUAAUACAUACAUGUUGGGUGACGCUUGUUAUGGACGUAAUCGACGUGUAUGUAAGGAUGUACAACGUUACUAUAGUUCCACGUGGCGCGAUUUCUUUAGCGCGUACACGCGAGACAUCCGGGGCGAAAGGGUGGAUCAAGCCCGUGUUUCGUGAGGUUCACUUCACUUUAUAUCCGAAACGAGCCUUACACUUGUCGACUCGGUCCGCUCUCGGCCCGAACGUCUCGCACAUAUGUAUAUAUAGGGUAACUAUAUAUACUAAUAAUGCGGUGGAUGGCGAAACGAGGAGGGUUCCGAUGUGUGUCGUUACUGAAAUUUAUUGAUCGACACUUUGGACAAUUAUAAUCUCAUGUAUUGUAAAAGUUUCAUCAGAGUGUUAAACGUUGACUGUAUUUUACUGAACUAAGGACUUGAUGCCAUCAAACGUUGGAGUUGAGCCGUCCCAAGUGGAAUUUUAGUGUCGUUAAUAUCACAAAUUAUGCGUGAAUUAAUGUCACAAAAUCGCGGCGAUCGCCCGACACGCCGAUGAUUCGCGAAUCGCAACCGUAACGGCACAACUUUGUCCUUACCCGCCGUCUUGCUCGUCAGCAACGUGGCGCGACUCGUUAAAUUCGACACAACAUGCCCAGUAAGUGAAAUCGUCGCGGGACGACCGACUCAUGUUUCCGCGAUCAACCGCAUUGUAAUUGACGAUGAAGCGAAAAACUCGAUCUCGUUGAAGAAGCGAUUGCACAUAUGUGUCCUAGUGAGGCGGCAUCUCCGCACAGAAAAUUAGUUAAGACUCAUCGAGGAGAUAAUCUUCUAGAGACUACUAGCGAGUCCUAAGAGUCCACCACGAUCGUCUGUGAUCGGUUUUGCACACUCUCUUUCGCGUAUUACACUUUCUUUCACACUUUCGCAUACUUUUGUGUGUAGGGAAGAGGUUUAUCAGUUCGUGAGAGCGUAUACACACUCACAUUUGAGACAACCCGAGAGUAUCUCAAGACCGGAGAAGAAGAGAUACCGGGAAAAAUAGCCGGUACGCGCUUAUAGAUAGUAAAAAUAAAGCAAGUUACGCCGCGAGUCCCCCUCGCGGGGACGUACGCGCGAUAUUACAUUAGAAACUGCGAUUGCGCUGGACCUUUAGAGGAUUAUUUUUCUUCGUCAUGUAGAUAGAAUGGCUCAGAUGACUAAUUGCUUAAAGCAACUAUUAAUUUAGGCGUUUUAAGAUUUAAGCUUGUUGUCGUUGAUUAAGAUAAUCGUACAGACCCGCCUCGACAAUUAUUAUUAUUAUUACUAUUAUUAUCGACGACCAUCACAUCGAUUGGUAAAGUCCUUAAGGAAUCGUUGUUGAGCGUCAUGCAAACAGCGCUAAUCGGGCGCAGUUUUCUUUACUGGUGACGUUCAAUUCGAUUCAAUGCAACUCAACCGCAAUGUUAUUCGAGAAUAAAGUCAGUGCCGUGCUCGGUUUAUGAGCGCGAUCACGUCAGCUGCGAAAUAAUAAUUAUUAUAAUUACAAAUUCAAGGAAGAAGUAGUGAUCGUAAUCAUACACCGGGAGAGGAGCGACAGUUUACGUGCACUCUGUUCAUUAGGUCGUACGAACGUGACCGGAUCCACGUAUGUGUGUGUGUGUGUGUGUGUGUGUGCUUGAUAUGCACAUUGGUGAUCUAUGAACGACGAGGAAAGAACUGGAGGAGUGAGACCACGAAUAGAGAUAGAUCACUCUCGUCCGAUCUCGACAGUGAUCGCGAAGACGAUUCAUUUGACGCGAAUCCGUUUCGAAUUCGUUCGACGACCUCAACCGAUGUUCGUUGUUUGCGUAGACAGUCGCAGUUUUGCGAUGCUUCUUAGAGUUGCAUCUGUCUUGACUCUUUUUCGCUUCGGAUUUACCGGAUCACGAUCGCUCUUAUUCCAUUUUCCGCUCUGUGUAACCUUGGCUUCGAAAUGCAGACGUUAUUGUAGACGGCGGAAGAUUUAAGCAUGAUUGGCUAAUAAGGCAUACGAUAGGCAUGAUUGUUGAUGACAUCAUUAUACUUGAAAUGUGUUACGGAGAAUAAAUCGGAUCUACAGAA